GACACCAUGAAUACCUGGCUGACGUCUCUGAUGAGUAUUGAAGUUCUACUUUUGGCAGUACCGUGCUUGAGUUUACGUAUUGAACCUGGAGAAGGUAGCCUUGCAGGGGGAACAUGGAUCACGGUCAUUUUUGAUGGUUUGGGGUCCAGUGUCCUUUACCCCACCAAUGGCUCUCAGCUGGAGAUACACCUGGUGAACGUGAACCUGGCCAUGCCUGCACUGCCAAGUAUCCCCUGUGAUGUCUUUCCUGUCUUCUUGGAUUUGCCUGUGGUGACAUGCCGGACCAGAUCUCUGCCUUCUGAAGCACACGAGGGUCUGUACUCCCUGGAAGUGCACUUUGGGGGACAAGCAGUAGGCAGCUUAAGUCCAGGACCACCAGACAACUGUACUUUCAAGUUUUCCAGGGCACAGACACCCAUUGUUUACCAAGUGAAUCCACCAAGUGGAGUUCCAGGAACACUAAUACAUGUGUAUGGCUGGAUUAUCACUGGAAAAUUGGAAACCUUCGAUUUUGAUGCUGAGUACAUUGAUAGCCCAUUGAUCUUGGAAGCUCAAGAAGACAAAUGGGUCACUCCUUGCUCUCUUGUAAACAGGCAGACAGGAAGCCGCUAUCCCAUUCAGGAAGACCAUGGCCUUGGGACUCUGCAGUGCCGUGUGGAAGGCGACUACAUCGGCUCCCAGAAUGUUAGUUUCUCAGUAUUUAACAAAGGAAAGUCAAUGGUUGACAAGAGUGCAUGGCUGAUCAGUGCUAAACAGGAGCUUUUCCUGUACCAGACACACUCAGAAGUAUUAUCUGUGUUUCCAGAAACUGGGAGCCUUGGAGGAGGAACAGACAUCACAAUUACAGGAGACUUCUUUGACACCUCCGCUCAGGUUACUAUUGCAGGCAUUCCUUGUGAUAUUAGACAUGUGUCUCCCAGGAAGAUUGAAUGCACCACUAGGGCUCCAGGAAAAGACGUGAGGCUCACUGCUCCUCAAGCAGGCAAUCGAGGGCUUCUGUUUGAAGUUGGAGAAGCUGCUGAUGGCUUGGCACUGACCAAAGCCACCCCUGGGUACAGGUGGCAGAUUGUCCCCAAUGCCAGUUCUCCAUUUGGAUUUUGGUCAAAGGAAGGACAACCUUUCAGAGCCCGGCUCAGUGGGUUCUUUGUGGCUCCAGAGACAAAUAAUUAUACUUUCUGGAUCCAGGCAGAUGGCCAAGCUUCCUUGCAUUUCAGCUGGUCAGAGGAACCAAGGACUAAGGUGAAAGUGGCCUCCAUCGGGAUGGGCACCGCGGACUGGUUUGACUCCUGGGAGCAGAAUGGGGGUGAAGGGAUCUGGCAACAGAAGACGCCCAAGUUGGAGCUGUUGGGUGGAGCCAAGUACUACCUGGAAGCAGAGCAUCAUGGGAUAGCCCCCAGCAGGGGGAUGAGAAUUGGUGUCCAGAUUCACAACACCUGGCUGAAUCCUGACGUGGUCGCCACUUACCUCCGGGAGAAGCACCAGAUCCGAGCCCGAGCCCAGAGGCUUCCAGAAAUACAGAUGCUGAAUGUGUCAGGCAGUGGAAACUUUCUCCUUACUUGGGACAAUGUUUCUAGUCAGCCAAUCCCUGCAAAUGCUACAGCCCAUCAGAUUCAAACAACCAUUGAGGAGUUACUUUCAGUGAAAUGCAAACUGGAACCCUUUUCGGCUAAGAUCCUACUGCGGCUUGGAUUUGAACAAGGCCCAGAAGUUUCCAGCUCUGAUGGGGAGCUCACCAGUGGGUCAGAGCCUUUCUGUGGCAGGUUCAGCCUCUGUCAGCCUCGGCACCUUGUCCUGAUGCCCCCGGCUGCCCAGAAGGGCUAUCGGCUAGAUCAGUAUACACAUCUGUGUCUUGCAUACAAAGGCCACAUGAAUAAGAUCCUGAAGAUGACGGUGUCCUUCACAACCGGCUUUCACAACAUGGCACAGAAGAACAUCACCUGUGAUUGGACUCUCAGGAGGACGAGUCCCCAGAGCUGGGACUUCACUUGCACUGACCUCUGGGAGACGUGUGUGCGUCGUUCCGGGGAUGUCCAGCCUCCUCUCGCAAACUCCCCGGUGCUGGUUCAUCAGAUUGAACUUCUGCCUCAGGCUCAGGAGACGGGCCUGCUCUUUGUGGAUGAAAUUAUUAUUGCAGACACAAACGUAACAGUUUCUCAAGCUGAUUCCGGAACAGCUCGCCCAGGCGGGAAUCUGGUGGAAUCUGUCUCUGUGGCAGGGUCCCCUCCAGUCUACAGCGUGGCCUCCUGGCUGGCCGGGUGUGGCACGGAGCUCCCGCUCAUCACUGCACGCUCUGUGCCCAAUGAAGGAACAGAAGAAGGAUCUGGACUGGUCCAGGUGACGACACAGAGACUACAGAGGACAAGUCCACCUUUAGGAGGACACUUUCGCAUCCAACUCUCUAACACAGUGAUUCCUGACGUCCCUGUGAACAUUUCUGCUAGUCACCUUCACAAGCUUUUGCAGAACAAUGCUGAUGACGUCACAUCCAGAUACCUCAACGUCAGUGACUUCACUGUGAAGGAGGAUCUGAACUCUUGCUAUGAACAUGUGUGGACCCUGUCCUGGUCCACCCAGAUUGGGGAUUUGCCCAAUUUUAUCAGGGUCUCUGAUGGAAAUCUUACUGGAGUGAAUCCUGUUGCAACCACUCGUGUGGUAUAUGAUGGUGGAGUUUUUCUUGGACCUAUAUUUGGAGACAUGUUAGCUACUUUCAACCAGCACACUCAGGUGGUUGUGCAAGUGAAUGACAUACCAGCUCAUUGCACAGGUUCCUGUUCUUUCCAGUACCUCCAAGAGUCAACUCCCUGGGUCCAUUCUGUGUGGUGUUCUCCGGAUGGUGACGUCAACCUACUGAUUUAUAUCACUGGAACUGGUUUCUCUGGUGACUCCCAGUCCUUGCAGGUUAGAGUGAACCAAACGAGUUGCAAAGUCAUUUUCUCAAACCAGACGAAUGUGGUCUGUCGGACAGACCUGCUACCUGUCGGUGUACAUCGGAUCUUGAUGUUGGUGAGACCCUCUGGUCUUGCUGUCAGUGCCAGUGGAGAAGGUCUCUUCCUGAGCCUGGAACCUAGACUGGAUGCUGUGGAGCCUUCCAGAGCUGCGGAGAUUGGAGGGCUCUGGGCCACCAUCCGAGGUUCUAGUUUGGAAGGUGUUAGCCUGGUGUUGUUUGGAUCUCAGUCUUGUGCCUUCAAUGCCACCACAAGCAAUUCACAAAGAAUUCAAUGCAGAGUUCCACCCAGGGGGAAAGAUGGACACAUUGUGAAUGUGACUGUAUUCAGAGGGGACCAUUCUGCAGUACUUCCCAGAGCGUUUACCUAUGUCUCCUCUUUAAAUCCGGUGAUUGUGACUCUGAGCAGAAACAGAAGCAACAUAGCAGGAGGUGGGUCCCUCCUCAUUGGAAUGACGUCGCUGGGGAACUAUACCGAUCUGGCUGCGGAAGUCCACAUCCAUGGUACCUGCGCCCCGGUUCGUGCACAGACGGCUUGGGGCCUGGAGGUGGUGCUGCCAGCGCUGCCAGCCGGCGUCCACGGAGUUUCCGUCUCUAUCAAUGGAGUCAGCAUUCGCUCACAAGGGGUUGACCUCCACAUCCGGUACAUCACAGAAGUUUUCAGCAUCGAGCCUUGCUGUGGGUCCCUUCUGGGUGGAACCAUCCUCAGCAUCUCAGGAGUAGGCUUCGGCAGGGACCCGGCUUCUGUUUGGGUGCUUGUGGGCAACCAGUCCUGUGACAUUGUGAACUUCACAGAGGUGAGCGUCUGGUGCGAGACCUCUCGGGCCCCCCAGCUACCUGACGCAGAUGCUCCCGCUGUCCCUGCGCCCGUGGAGGUCUGGGUUGGCAACGUGUCCUUCACCCAUGGAACUUCACCGAUCUUGGUGGGGAAGGGUUUCACCUUCAUGUAUGAAGCGGCAGCAACACCGGUGGUGAUCGCCAUGCGAGGAGAAGUCACAAAUAGCAGCCUGAGGCUGUAUGUGGAAGGAAGUAACCUUUCCAACUCAGUCGUCCUUCUGGGGAGCUUGACCUGUGAUCUUGAGACACAGUCUUUCCAGAGCCACGUGAGCCUGUCUGGGUGCUCCUUUCCUCUUCACAGGGUGGAGGCAGGCAUCCAUCCCCUCCAAGUACGUCACAAGCAGGUGGGAUUUGCUAAUAUGUCUGCGGUGCCCCAGCAAUUUGUGCUGACACCUCGGAUCAUGGCCAUGUUCCCAACACACGGCUCUGCGUGUGGGGGGACAGUACUCACCGUGAGGGGGCUGGCCCUCAACUCUCGAAGGAGGUCCGUUCAGGUUGACCUUUCAGGUCCUUUUACUUGUGUGAUUUUGAGUUUGGGAGAUGACGCCAUCCUCUGCCAGGUUAACCCUGUGGGUGACCCCUUGCCUGGCGCUUCCUUCACCCUGAAUGUCACCGUCCUUGUCAAUGGGCUAACCAGCGAGUGUCAGGGGAAUUGCACUCUCUUUAUGCAGGAAGAGACAACUCCUGUUGUGGACGCUGUAACCACAAACAUCAGUGGGUCUCUGACAGCUGUGCUGAUUAGAGGUCAGAGGUUAGGCACCACGGCUGAUGAGCUAAUGGUGUUUGUGGAUGAUCAACUUCCUUGCAAUGUGACUUUCUUUAAUACAAGCUACGUGGCAUGCCAGAUAAGUGACUUGACUGCAGGACUCCACUACCUAUCAGUGUCUCAUCCAAGAAAUGGGUAUGCUUGUUCUGUUAACAGUUCUAGGUACUUCUACAUUAAGCCUCAAGUGUUUCAUUAUUUUCCUAAGAAUUUCAGCUUACAUGGUGGAAGCCUCUUGGCCAUAGAGGGCACAGCCCUGAGAGGACAGAACACCACGUCAGUCUACAUUGGCCAGCAGGCCUGCCUGACGGUGAGCAUCAGCGCGGAGUUCAUCCAGUGUGUUGUUCCUGCUGGGGAUGGCUCUGUCACCCUGGAAAUAGAGGUAGAUGGACUUUUGUUCCCCAUGGGAGUCAUUGGUUACAGCCGUGCCUUCACCCCAGAAGUGCUCUCUAUUUCUCAGAGUGAUGACGUCUUAACCUUUGCAGUGGCCCAGAUCUCAGGAGCUGAAAACAUUGACAUUUUUAUUGGGAUGUCACUCUGUGUGGGUGUCUCUGCUAACCACACCGUUCUCCAGUGCAUGGUCCCUUCCCUUCCUGCUGGGGAGUACCAUGUCAGAGGUUACGACCACGUCAGAGGGUGGGCGUCGUCUGUCCUGGUGUUCACUUCAAGAGUUAUGAUUAUGGCAGUGACCGAGAACUUUGGCUGCCUGGGUGGAAGACUUGUGCAUGUGUUUGGAGCUGGAUUUUCUCCAGGGAAGAUCUCAGCUGCUGUGUGCGGUGCUCCCUGCCGAGUCUUGGCUAAUGCUACAGUGUCUGCCUUCAGCUGCUUGGUGCCGCCCCUGGAUGUGUCGGUGGCUUUCCUGUGUGCCCUGAAGCAUGAGGAGGACAGCUGUGAGGCCACCAGCCACACCUAUGUGCAGUGUGAUUUGACUGUUGCCGUGGGGACGGAGAGACUGCCUGAAUCAUGGCCUUACCUCUAUGUUUGUGAAGAAAGUUCUCAAGGCCUCUUUGUGCCUGAUCAUUGGACAGAGUCAGCGUUUCCAUCAUCGUUCUCAGGCCUCUUCAUCAGCCCUAAAGUGGAAAGAGAUGAAGUUCUCAUCUAUAAUAGCUCCUGUAACAUUACCAUGGAAACUGAGGCAGAGAUGGAGUGUGAGACGCCUAAUCAGCCAAUUACCGCCAAGAUUACUGAGAUAUGGAAAAGCUGGGGCCAGAACACUCAGGGCAACUUUUCCUUUCAAUUUUGCCGGAGAUGGUCUAGGGUGCACAGCUGGUUUCCUGAAAGAGUGCCACAAGAUGGCGACAAUGUCACAGUGCAGAGUGGCCAACUGCUCCUGCUUGACACCAAUACAAGCAUCCUCAACUUCCUGCACGUUAAAGGGGGCAAGCUGAUAUUCAUGGCUCCGGGACCCAUUGAGCUCAGGGCACAUGCCAUCCUUGUUUCUGACGGUGGAGAGCUCCGAAUUGGAUCUGAGGACAAGCCCUUCCAAGGCAAAGCUCGAAUCCAACUCCAUGGGAGUUCCCACUCGACCUCCUUCUUUCCCUACGGAGUCAAGUUCCUGGCUGUGAGGAAUGGAACUCUUUCCCUACAUGGUUCACUACCAGAAGUAAUUGUCACCCAUCUUCGAACAGCUGCCCAUGCCCGAGACACAGUGUUGGCUCUGGAAGACGCUGUGGACUGGCAGCCUGGGGAUGAAGUUGUCAUCAUCAGUGGAAAGGAUGUCGAAGGUGCCAAACCGAUGGAAGAGAUUGUCACUGUGGAAACUGUGCACAAGGCAGACCUCUAUCUUAGGUCACCCUUGAGAUAUUCUCACAACUUUACGGAGAGUUCGGUGGCUGGAGAGCACCAUAUUUUAAAAGUCACAGUGGCUCUUCUGACCAGGAGUAUUACCAUACAAGGAAAUCUCACCAGUGAGAGGAUGGAGCUCCUUGCUUCAUGCCAGGAAGCCGAUGCUUCGCAAGGUAAUCUGCAGCACUGUUUGUACUCCACGAGCGAGAAGAUCCUGGGAUCUAGGGAUCUGGGGGCCAGAGUCAUCAUUCAGUCCUUCCCAGAGGAGCCCAGCCAGGUCCAGUUGGAGGGAGUGCAGUUCCGAGACUUGGGACAAGCCUUCCACAAGCAUCUGAGCUCACUCACUCUGGUGGGAGCUAUGAGAGAUUCCUAUGUGCAGGGCUGCACAGUGUGGAACUCCUUCAGUAGAGGCCUCAGCAUUUGCAGGACCGUGGGCGUGAAGGUGGACAGUAAUGUUUUCUACAAUAUUUUAGGCCAUGCCCUGCUGGUGGGGACAUACGUGGAGAUAAGACAUAUCUCUUGGGAGGCUAUUCCUGGAAGAAAAAAUGACUGGUCAGAACAGGGAAAUAUAAUAAGAAACAAUGUGAUCAUUGGUGUUUCUGGUGCUGAGGGACUCUCCAAUCCUGAAAUGUUGACACCAUCUGGAAUCUAUAUCCGCAAUCCCACCAAUAUCAUAGAGGGGAACAGAGUGUGUGCUGCUGGUUAUGGCUACUUUUUCCAUCUUGUGACCAGCCAAACCUCACAAGCUCCUCUUCUCUCCUUCACUCAGAACAUGGCACAUUCCUGCACAAGGUAUGGUCUCUUUGUAUACCCUAAAUUUCAGCCACCUUGGGAUAAUGGCACUGGCCCCACCCUGUUCCAAAACUUUGUGGUUUGGGGAAGUGCAGGUGGUGCUCAGAUUUUCAGAAGUAGCAAUCUUCACCUGGAAAACUUCCAAAUUUAUUCAUGCAGAGAUUUUGGAAUUGACAUCUUGGAAAGUGAUGCAAAUACUUCAGUUACUGACAGCUUAUUACUUGGUCAUUUUGCCCACAAGGGAGGUCUGUGUAUGUCAGCUGGGAUUAAAACUCCCAAAAGAUGGGAACUGAUGGUAUCUAACACAACCUUUGUUAAUUUUGAUCUCAUCAACUGUGUGGCCAUAAGAACCUGUUCAGGCUGUUCCCAAGGACAAGGUGGAUUUACUGUGAAGACCAACCAGUUGAAGUUUACAAACUCUCCAAACUUAGUAGCAUUUCCAUUUCCUCAUGCAGCAAUUUUGGAAGACUUGGAUGGGUCUCUGUCUGGGAAAAAUAGAAGUCACAUUCUCGCUUCUAUGGAAACCCUUUCUGCUUCUUGUUUGGUCAAUGCCAGCUUCGGUCGGAUUAUCCCUGGCAGUGUCUGUGGGGGAGGUGUUCUCUUUCAUCGUAUGUCUAUUGGUUUAGCUAAUGCUCCUGAUAUUCCUUAUGAUUUAACCCUGACUGACAGCAGAAAUAAGACAAACACUGUCAAUUACGUCCGUGAUACCUUGUCUAACCCUGAUGGCUGGAUGGCUCUGCUCUUGGACCAAGAGACCUACUCACUGCGAUUUGAAAACCCCUGGAUCAACAGAUCUCUGCAGUACUCAGCAACAUUCGACAACUUUGCUCCUGGGAAUUCCCUCCUGCUGGUGCACACCGAACUGCCACCUGCCCCUGACAUCCUCAUAAGAUGCGGGAGUCAUGUGGGUCUGUCUCUUCCAUUCCUUCCUUCACCUGGUCAGAACCAAGGCUGUGACUGGUUCUUCGAUCACCAGUUGAGGCAACUCACCUAUCUGGUUAAUUAAGAAGGACGAAUUGAGCUAGCUCUCAGGACUGUGGUUAAUGCAGAUAUAUCUGUCACUUCUACCUCUGCUCCUGAAUCAGCUUUAAAAUGGUCGCUCCCUGACACAUGGCAAGGUGUGGAAGAGGGCUGGGGAGGGCACAACCACACCAUUCCAGGCCCUGGGGAUGACGUCCUGAUUUUACCCAACAGGACUGUCCUUGUGGAUACAGAUCUUCCAUUCCUCAGAGGGCUCUAUGUGAUGGGGACUUUAGAUUUCCCUGUGGACAGAAGCAAUGUCCUGAGUGUGGCGUGCAUGGUCAUUGCAGGCGGGGAGCUGAAAGUUGGUACUUUAGAAAAUCCCUUAGAAAAAGAACAAAAGCUUCUGAUCUUCCUUAGAGCUUCAGAGGGAGUCAUUUGUGACCGUUUCAAUGGAAUUCGUGUUGACCCAGGAACAAUUGGGGUUUACGGGAAAGUUCAGCUUAACAGUGCUUAUCCUCAGAAAUCGUGGACACGUCUUGGUGCUGAUAUUGCCUCAGGAAAUGAGAGAAUUAUAGUAGAGGAUGCAGUGGAUUGGCGACCCCAUGACAAAAUUGUCCUCACCUCUUCUUCUUAUGAGCCUCACGAGGCAGAGGUCCUCACUGUGAAAGAAGCCAAAGGCCACCAUGUUAGCAUUCAUGAACGGCUCAAACACCGGCACAUUGGAAGUGUCCACAUCAUGGAGGAUGGCCGACGCAUUCGUUUGGCUGCUGAGGUUGGACUGUUGACCCGCAAUAUACAAAUUCGGCCUGACACUUCAUGUAGGGGGAGACUACUUGUGGGCUCCUUCAGGAAGUCCAACAGAGAAGAAUUUUCAGGUAUCCUUCAACUUUUAAAUGUGGAAAUUCAGAACUUGGGAUCCCCAUCAUACUACUCCAUUGAAUUCACCAAUGUGUCAGUGGGGUCCUGGAUAAGAUCUUCUACUCUGCACCGGAGCUGCGGUGGGGGCAUUCGUGCAGCUGCCAGUCAUGGAAUACAUUUACACGACAAUAUAGUGUUUGGCACUGCUGGCCAUGGCAUGGAUUUGGAGGGUCAGGCCUAUUCUCUCACUAAUAACCUUGUAGUUCUGGUGACACAGUCGGCAUGGUCCAGUGUUUGGGUGGCAGGAAUCAAAGUGAACCAUGCAAAGGACAUCGACCUUCAUGGCAAUGUUGUUGCAGGAUCGGAGAGACUUGGCUUUCACAUCCGAGGCCACCAGUGCUCCUCGCCUGAAAUGCUUUGGUCUGACAAUGUGGCCCACUCAAGCCUUCAUGGCCUUCAUCUCUAUAAGGAAAGCGGACUUGGCAACUGUACUGGUAUCUCUGGCUUCUUGGCUUUCAAGAACUAUGACUAUGGUGCCAUGCUACAUGUAGAGGACAGCGUGGAGAUAGAGAACACCACUCUGGUAGACAAUGCCAUUGGACUUUUGGCUAUAGUAUAUGUGUCUCCUGCUUCACAAAGCUCCAUCGAAAAUGUGCAAAUUGUGCUCAGGAAUUCAGUCAUUGUGGCCACCAGCUCCUCUUUUGACUGUAUUCAGGACAGAGUGAAGCCUCACUCGGCCAACUUGACAUCAGCAGAUCGAGCCCCUUCCAAUCCAAAAGGGGGCCGAGUUGGUAUUCUGUGGCCUGUGUUCACCUUGGAACCAAAUCAGUGGCCUCAUGAGCCAUGGCACAAAGUGAGGAAUGGCCAUUCAGUUUCAGGAAUCAUGAAACUUCAAGAUGUCACCUUUUCUAGUUUUGUGAAAAGUUGCUAUAGCAAUGACCUGGAUGUCUGCAUUCUGCCAAAUAUAGAAAACACUGGAAUCAUACACCCAAUAACAGCAGAGAGGACCAAGAUGCUAAAGAUGAAAGAUAAAAACAAGUUCUAUUUUCCUCCAUUACAGCCCAGGAAAGAUUUAGAAAGAGUAGUCUGCCCUGAAUCGGAUUGUGAAAGUCCAAGAAAAUAUCUCUUUAAAGAUCUGGAUGGGAGAGCCUUGGGUCUGCCUCCACCAGUUUCUGUAUUUCCUGAAACGGAUGCAGAAUGGACCGUAUCCUUCUUCAACACAGGUACAUUUAGAGAAGAACAGAAAUGCACAUAUCGAUCACUGAUGCAUGGCUUCAUCUGCAAACAGACCGACCAAGUGGUCCUUAUUCUUGACAAUGCUGGUGCCACUUGGACAAUCCAGAAGUUAUAUCCAGUUGUAUCUGUGACUAGUGGUUUUGUUGACACCUUUAGUAGUGUAAAUGCCAAUACUCCUUGCUCUACCUUAGGGUCUGUAUCUACUUUCUAUUCCAUUUUACCUACCAGGAAAAUUACCAGAGUCUGCUUUAUGGAUCAAACUCCUCAAGUUUUGCGUUUCUUUCUACUGGGGAACAAAAGUACGUCCAAGCUUCUUUUGGCUGUAUUCUACCAUGAGCUCCAGAGCCCCCGUGUUUUCCUGAGGGAAAGUUUUAUUCCACCCACUGUGGUUCAAUCAGCUUCCUUAUUGCUAGAUGAAUCUAUUGGUGUCAACUAUUUCAACAUUAUGGAUAACCUCUUGUAUGUUGUUCUGCAAGGAGAGGAGCCCAUUGAAAUACGCUCAGGUAUUUCUAUUCAUUUAGCCCUCACUGUGCCAUAUUCAGUCUUAGAAAAAGACUGGGAAAUAAUGAUACUUGAAAGACUAACUGACUUCUUACAGAUUGGCCAAAACCAAAUCAGAUUCGUUCAUGAGAUGCCUGGCAAUGAAGCGACCUUAAAGGCCAUUGCUGACAAUAGAGCAAAAAGAAAGCGCAAUUGUCCAACUGUCACUUGUGUCAGUCAUUAUAGAAGAGUUGGUCAACGUAGACCUCUCAUGAUGGAAAUGAACUCAUAUGGGGACUCACCACCAACCACUAUGGAAACUACCUCAGAGGUGAUCAUCUUUGAAAUUGGUGAUUUGCCAACAGUAAGGAGCACUGUAAUGAUUCCACCCUUAUCUAGUAACAAACUGCAGAAUUUGGCUCACCAAGUCAUCACUAAACACAGAAAUACAAGCAGCUUUAAAACCGGGAACUUGGUAUAUAUGCGGCCCUAUGCUCUUUCCAUCCUAGUCCAGCCUUCGGAUGGGGAGGUGGGAAAAGAGCUUCCAGUGCAACCGCAACUCGUGUUUUUGGACAAGCAGAAUCUAAGAGUGGAGUCUUUGGGGUCCCCCUCAGAGCCUUGGACCGUUUCAGCUUCUCUGGAAGGGACAUCAGAUUCAGUGCUAAAAGGGUGCACCGAGGCACAAACUCAGGAUGGUUACGUAAGCUUCUCCAACUUGGCAAUCUUGAUCUCUGGGUCAAACUGGCACUUCAUUUUUACUGUCACUUCCCCUCCAGGUAAUUUCAGCACAGUCACUGUGCCUUCGCUAAGCACUGCCAUCGCACUUAAGAUUAUUGACCUGACGGAACUGAGCAUUGAAACAAAGCCUGAAGAGAUUUCUGAAUCCCAGACUAAUGGUCAAAAGGAUCACAUCCAUUCCUCAUCCAAAUGCCGAGGAUCACGAACAGGGACUGAAAAAGAAGAGGCUGUGUUGGGAGAAGGUGUGAGGAUGGCGGUCAUGGCGGGCAAGCUGAGCCAGCUCUCCUACCAGUCGCGGAACGGAGUGUGCAGAAGGAAGGUCAGCCGCCACGCCGUCCCAGAAGAGGCUGCUGUGCCCGCUCCCAGUAUUAGCAGCACCACGUCCCAUGGGCACACCUGUGCUCUGGGCUCUCCUGCUCAGCAGACGUACCUGCAGGAGACUGGGAACUGGAAGGAUGCCCAAGAGCAGUUGCUCAGAUACCAGCUGGCAGGCCAUGGUCAGCUGCUGCUGCUGUGCCCAGACCUCAGACAAGAGAGGCAGAAGUUGCCGGGGCAGAGUCGGCUGAGCAAGGAAAGUGGCAGCUUGGGGCUUUUCCAAGAGAAGAAAUCCACCUGUGGGGGCACUGAGGCAUUCUGCCUUAAUUCAGUACACCCAGAAACUAUGCAGGAGCAGCUGGGGUCAGGGACUGGUGUGGACAUUUGGGCUGAAAGGCAGAAUAUUCAAACUAUUUCUGGAUAA